GUCUCGAACUCCUGACCUCAGGUUAUCCCCCUGCCUCAGGCUCCCAAAGGGCUGGGAUUACAGGCAUUAGCCACGGGGCCAGCCAACAUAGAACACUUCUGACAGCAAAUGUGUGGGAGUUUUUUCCCACAUACUAGGCAGUUCUCCAGUGGACACCAGCUGGGUGUUCUGCACUUCAAUUCAGACACUGUGCACCUGGAGCUAGAGUCAGAUCCAACAGGUUAAGGUCUUAGUCCCACAAGACCACUCCCCACCUUGGCCCUGCUGCCACUUCAGAUGUCAAUCAAAAGUAAUAGGUUGUCACCGGUCCUUAAAACUGACCUAUAUGUUGAGGCGCCCAUGACUCCCUCUUUGAGUUUGAUUGAUUUGUCAGGACAGCUCACAGAACUGCUGGAAGCACUUAGGGUUACUGAAUUUUUUGGGCAGUCAGUCCUCAACGUUUUCCAUAGGUUCUUGGAAACUGGGUCAUGAGUGAAAUAAUAUACAGCAGGUACUCAAAUAAUGUUUGGUUCAAUGUGAUGAUUAUUAUUUUGACACAGAGUCUUGCUCUGUUGCCAGGUGGAAUACGGUGGCACGAUCUUGGCUCACUGCAACCUCGCCUCCCGAGUUCAAGCGAUUCACCUGCCCCAGCCUCCCGAGUAGAUGUGAUUACAGGCACCUACCACCACGCCCAGCUAAUUUUUAUAUUUUUAGUAGAGACAGGGUUCCACCAUGUUGGCCAGAAUCUCCUGGCUGUGAUCCACCCACCUUGGCCUCCCAAAGUGCUGGGAUUAGAGGCAUAAGCCUGGCUGUUCAAUGUCAUUUUUUUUUUUUAUGUUGAUGAGGGAAAAAAAGUUGCCAUUUCACUUAAGGCUCCAGUUUCCAAGAAUCUAUUGAUAACAUCAAGUGAGGCUCUGGUGCAUUAAUAAAGGAUAUGAUGGAAGAUACCCAUGGGCAGCCAGAUGAAGAGAAACAUACGAUUGACCUCUAAAGACUCAUGUUGCCUGAAGAAGUCCAGACGAGAAGGAAGGGGAAAGAAAGAGGAGACAGGGAUGGCUCUUCCUCAGGAAAGGUUGACAUUCAGGGACGUGGCCAUAGAAUUCUCCCAGGAGGAGUGGAAGUACCUGGACCCUGCUCAGAGGACUCUAUACAGGAACGUGAUGUUGGAGAACUACAGGAACCUGGUCUCCCUAGCAGGAAUCUCUCUCUCUGAAAUGAAUCUUGUCUCCAUGUUGGAGCAAGGGAAAGAGACCCGGACUGUGGAGAGCGAAGUGAAAAGAACAAAAACAUCAAAUGGUUGGAAAUGCAUCAAAGGUGUGAACACAGGUUUUGGUAUCAGGAUGAUGCUGACGUCAUAAAAUGAGUUACAGCAGCUCCUCUUUGUACCUCUGGUAGAAUCUGGCUGUGAAUCCAUCUGGUCCUGGACUUUUUUUGGUUGGUAGGCUAUUAAUUGCUGCCUCAAUGUCAGAACUUGUUAUCAGUCUUUUCAGGGAUUUGAUUUCUUCCUGGUUUAGUCUUGGGAGGGUGUAUGUGUCCAGGAAUUUAUCCAUUUCUUCUAGAUUUUCUAUUUGUGUAGAGGUGUUUAUAGUAUUCUCUGGGUGGUAGUUUGUAUUUCUGUUGAAUCAGUGGUGAUAUUCCCUUUAUCACUUUUUUAUUGUGUCUGUUUGAUUCUUCUCUCUUUUCUUCUUUAUUAGUCUGGCUAGUGGUCUAUCUAUUUUGUUGAUCUUUUCAAAAAAACAGCUCCUGGAUUCAUUUGUUUUUUAAGAGGGUUUUUCUUGUGUGUACCUCCUUUAGUUCUGCUCUUAGUUAAUUCUUGUCUUCAGCUAGCUUUUGAAUUUGUUUGCUCUUGCUUCUCUAGUUCUUUUAGUUGUGACGUUAGAGUGUCAAUAUUUUAGAUUUUUUCUACUUUCACUUGUGGGCAUUUAGCGCUAUAAAUUUCCCUCUACACACUGCUUUAAAUGUGUCCCAGAGAUUCUGGUUUGUUGUCUUUGUUCUCACUGGUUUCAAAGGACAUCUUUAUUUCUGGCUUAAUUUUGUUAUUUACCCAGUAGUCAUUCUGGAGCAGGUUGUUCAGUUUCCACGUAGUUAUGUAGUUUUGAGUGAGUUUCUUAAUCCUGAGUUCUAAUUUGAUUGCACUGUGGUCUGAGAAACUGUUUGUUAUGAUUUCUGUUCUUUUGUAUUUGCUGAAGAGUGUUUAACUUCCAAUUAUGUUGUCAGCUUUAGAAUAAGUGCAAUGUGGUGCUGAGAAGAAUGUAUAUUCUGUUGAUUUGGGGUGGAGAGUUCUGUAGGUGUCUAUUAGGUCCAUUUGGUCCAGAGCUAAGUUCAAGUCCUGGAUAUCCUUGUUAAUUUUCUCUCUCAUUGAUCUGUCUAAUAUUUUAUUUAUUUAUUUAUUUAUUUUUAAUUGC